AUGAAACACCUUUCAAGUGACAAGGUGCUCAAAGAAAUCACCACCCCGGGCACCCCAUCCUUUGUGUUUCACAUCACUGAUCUGUUCCCAGAGCGACCAAAAAUAGACUGCCACGCCCCACACCUCAUGCACAUGUACAUGGCCUACUGGUGCCCAGCCUCCAACCCAGGGAAAAGGUACUGCAACUACCCAGGGGUCCUGUACUACUCAAACGAGGAGGUGUACCAACUUUUCGAGGAACCUGGCCGGCUCCACAAACGAGAAAUAAUAACAGGUGUAACCAUCGUGAUGCUGCUCGGACUGGGAGCAGCCGGCACAGCCACAGAAAUAGAAGGUGAAAAAUACAAGGCAAAAACGCUGUCAGAAGAGAUUCCUGAGAAGACAAUUAACAUCGCCAACCUACACCCUGACAACGGCCAGAGCACGGAGCAAGGCCUCCAGCAGGUGGACGCCUUGGUGGCCCGGUACCGUCAUGGCUGCCUCUGGUGGGGGCUUCCCUGGCUGCCCGUCCUGCGCCUCUUCCACCCCAGCACCCUCCGACCACUCCUCAGAGCCUCAGCUUUUGUGGCCCCCAAGGACAAAAUUUUCUACGGCUUCCUCAAGGCCUGGCUGGGGGAGGGGCUGCUGCUGAGCGGCGGGCAGCGCUGGGCGCGGCACCGGCGGCUCCUGACGCCCGCCUUCCACGGGGACGUGCUCCGGAAUUACCUGGGAAUCUUCAACCAGAGCACCCGCGUGCUGCUCGCCAAGUGCGAGGCAGCAGCAGCAGCAGCUGGCGGGGAGUCGGUGGAGUUGGAGGUGCUGCAGCCCCUGAGCCUCCUCACCCUGGACACGCUCCAGAAGUGCAUCUUCAGCCACGAGAGCCACUGCCAGGAGCAACCCAGCGAGUACCUCCAGGCCAUCCUGGAGCUGAGCUCGUUGGUGGUCCGGCACCAGCUCCGGCCACUCCUCCACCCGUGGUGGCUCUACAGCCUCUCCUCUGACAGCCGGCGCUUCGCCCGCGCCUGUGCCACUGUCCAAGCCUUCACCGCCGACGUGGUGCAGCGCCGACACCGCGCACUCGCCUCCCUGGGCCACCAGGCCUGGCUGGAUGGCCACCAGGGACACAGCAUGGACUUCAUCGACCUCCUGCUGCUCACCAAGGACGAGAACGGCCACACCCUGUCAGAUGAGGACAUAGCAGCUGAGGCUGACACCUUCAUGUUUGAGGGCCACGACACCACGGCCAGUGGCCUGGCAUGGCUCUUCUACAACCUGGCCAGCCACCCUGAGCACCAGGAGAGGUGCUGCCAGGAGGUCCAGCAGCUCCUGGCUGGCAAGGACACUGCAGACAUUGAAUGUGCUUGUCCCCAGGGAGGACUGUCCCAGCUGCCCUUCACCACCAUGUGCAUCAAGGAGAGCCUUCGGCUGCACCCUCCUGUCACUGCUGUCCGGCACUGCACCGAGGACAUCCCCCUGCGUGAUGGCCGUGUCAUCCCCAAGGGGGUCAUCUGCCUGAUGAGCAUCUAUGGGACCCACCACAACCCAGACCUCUGGCCCAAGCCCAAGGUGUUCAACCCCCUGAGGUUCAGCCCAGAGAACAGCAAGGGACGGUCCCCAUCAUCCUUCAUCCCCUUCUCUGCUGAGCCCAGGAACUGCAUCGGGCAGAGCUUUGCCAUGGCUGAGAUGAAGGUGGUAGUGGCACUGACCCUGGCCCGGUUUGUGCUGCGGAGGGACGCAGCGAGGCCACCCCCGCGCCGCAAGCCCGAGCUGAUCCUGCGUGCCGAGGACGGGAUCUGGCUGCUGCUGGAGCCACUGGUGGGACUGGCCUGAGGGACACGGGCCACCAGGACAUGGGGACACUCUGCAAGGUGUCUGGAGGAAGAGCAGGGAAUUAACGGUAGCAUGAAGGGGACAGUAUCGUGGUGGUGGUGGGGAUGUGUUGUCCUUGGUCAUGGCAAACCUCAUGGCAUGGACAUGGACACCCACAGACUUGUCCCCUAGGCCACUUGACACCAUCCAUGGCCACGUCCCUCAUGUCCUCAUGCAUGGCCAUACAUGCCCAUGUCACCAUCUGUGUCUGUGACCCCCCAUGCCCAAUAUCCCCAUCCACAGCCAUGUCCCCACCCAUGUCCAUGUCCCAGGCCCCCUGCCCACCA